CAUCAUCACCAUUAGUGUCAAAAUGGCUGAAAACACGUAUAAAAUCUAGUCAGCCGCUGCUCGCAGCAAAGAUCUAACUCUGAAAGCCGCUGACGCGAAAUUUUACCGUUACUAGGAGCUGCGUAAAAGUGCCAAGUUCGCCGCGUUUUGUCCUAAAGGGACUGUCAACAAGAUUGUGGUGAAAUAGUGCGGUAAUGGAUCCGAGAAAGCAGCAUAUUUACGGCGGCCGACCGGCCGCCCCACAGCUGUUCGAGGACACGGGCUUUCCAGGAGCUCCGUACGGCGGUAUGCCACAGCCUGGCAUGUACCCUAUGGUGCCCGACCCGAUGGCCGCAAUGGCCAUGCAGUACGGCACUGCGCUGGCUGGCCAGGGGAAGGACAUGGUACAUCAGAAGAUUGAGAAGUACGUCUCGCUGUCCAAGAUCAAGUACUACUUCGCCGUGGACACGGCUUACGUGGGCCGCAAGCUGCUCCUCCUCCUCUUCCCAUUCAGCCACACGGACUGGGCCGUGAAAUACGACCAGGAUGAACCAGUGCCCCCGCGCUAUGAUGUCAACGCCCCGGAUCUCUACAUUCCGAGCAUGGCGCUUGUGACGUAUGUGCUGCUCUCAGGCUACCUGUUGGGCCUGCGCAAUGAGUUCACCCCCGAACGGCUCGGACUGCAGGCAAGCUCGGCGCUCAUGUGGCUCACCCUCGAAGUUCUGGCGGUCUGGCUGGCCACGUACAUCCUCUCCAUCCGGUCCAGCCUGCGCGUCCUAGACCUGAUCGCCUUCAGCAGCUACAAGUUUGUUGGCAUGAUCGCGGCUCUUCUGGCAAGCAUGGUCCUCUACCGGAUGGGCUACCUGCUUGUUCUCGCCUACGCCUGCCUCACACUAGACUUUUUCCUGCUUCGCACCCUGCGGCUUGCCCUACUGUCCGGAAGCUCAUCCGAGGGCUCCCGCCGGGGCUUGUACCUGCUCCUGGCCAUGUGCGCGUUCCAGCCGGCGCUUGCGUACUGGCUCACACAGCCCCUGGCCCAGCAGCUGCCUCAAUAAACUCAUCCUGUUGCUGCCACAGGCUGCUGGUGUCUGUCACUGGGCAUCCCAGGCUCCGCAGAUGCUCGGCGUAGAAUAUCAGCUCUUGGGUUACCAACCUGUGGAGGAAGAAGGAAAGGACACGGUAUAGGGGGUUGGCGGUGAAUCUGCAGGUCAAACAACCUGCGACACCCUUUGAGAGCGCGGCAGUGUAGACGGUUUACCCGUGCUGGGGUCCUCCGUCGCGACUUAUGGACAGCCGCGCCAUGUGGCGUGCGAGCAGAGACCGGAACAUGGAGUGCACCGCUUGCAGGAGGCUGCUCACGUCUUCCGGGCUCAGCAGCUCGGCUAUGGCAGUGUGGAACUUGGUCAGGUGCCGGGCGAUCGCCCGGAACGCCGGCGAUGGCACGGGCGCCUUUACCUCCCACUGUGCACAUUUGAGUACUUCAGAUGCUGCCCUUACUCCACCCUCCCUUUAGUUUCGCACACUGCCCAGCUCACCUCUGCAAGCUGCCCGUCCAGCACGUUGCUCACGAUGUUGGCCAACUUGGCGAAGAUUUCCGUCACGUGUUCUGCGUAUUCCUGCAAAUAAAGUACACCCUCUUUGUUCCUUUU